UAUGUGCAAUUUCUCAUAUUUCAAACAUUAUCCAUUAGAAGGACUUGGUAAAAGUCACGCAAAUAUUUAGUUAAUGGUGAUGGCUAUUUUCAAAAUCAAACAAAACCGUGUGACGAAUUUCAUGGUUUUAAAAAAUUUAGGUUCUGACGAGUUAAAAAAAUAAUGGAAUAAUGUCCUUAUAAAUACAAGCAUCAUUCUUCCUUUAUGUUACAAAACCUUACAUUGCUUUCCAUUUAAAACUCUCUUCUUCUUUUUUGUUCUCUCUCUCUCUUCAUGGAAGCUCAACACCUUCAUGCCAAGCCUCAUGCUGAAGGAGAAUGGUCCACAGGCUUCUGUGAUUGCUUUUCUGACUGCAAAAAUUGUUGUAUCACAUUCUGGUGUCCAUGUAUCACCUUUGGCCAAGUCGCCGAGAUUGUAGAUCGAGGAUCCACAUCGUGUGGUACUGCUGGAGCUCUAUACGCGUUGAUAGCCGUAGUAACUGGUUGUGCAUGUAUAUACUCAUGUUUCUAUCGUGGAAAGAUGAGAGCUCAAUAUAAUAUUAAAGGAGAUGAUUGUACUGAUUGCCUUAAACAUUUCUGCUGUGAGCUUUGUUCUUUGACCCAACAAUACCGUGAACUCAAGCACCGCGGUUACGAUAUGAGUCUUGGAUGGGCGGGGAACGUGGAGAGACAACAGAAUCAAGGAGGUGUGGCCAUGGGUGCUCCGGUCUUCCAAGGCGGCAUGACCCGCUAAGAAUUAUUUCUUUAUGUAAUUCAUUUGUCUUUUAUAUGUAGUAAUAAAACGAGGUUUAAUCCUCUGUUUGUGUUGUUAAUAUGCUUGUUGUGAUUUGAACAAAAAAAAAUGCUUGUUGUGAAAGUUUAGACAUACAGUAUAUGAAUGUUUCUUCAUUGUAUAUUCCACUAUUUGGUUACAAGAAUUAAAUUACAACGUCGAGAAAGUGACACCAAAACAAUACUACUCUCUCGCUCUUCCUAAUUAA